AUGACGCACGACGGCCGCAAGGCGGUCAUCGUCGGCAUCAGCGGGGCAUCGUCGAGCGGCAAAACGACGCUGGCGCGGCUGUUGCGCGACAUCUUCUCAAACACCUUCAUCCUGCACGAGGACGACUUCUACCGGCCCGAAGCCGAACUCCCCACCAAAGAUGGCUUCCUCGAUUGGGACUGCGCCGAGGCGCUCAACGUACCCUGUAUGGUGCGGGCGCUGGAGCACAUCAGCGCUGAGGGCACAUGUCCCCCCUUUGUCAAUUCCAAGGAGGACAAGAACUCCGUCGGCGCGUGCCCGGUCUCGGACACCAAGAUCGGCGCCAUGAAGCAGAAAGUGCAGUCGUGGCUCGCGCCGGGCCAGCCGGGGCACAGCCUCUUCACGGCCUCCUCCCCGUCGUCGUCUUCGUCUUCUCCGUCGUCGUCUUCUUCUCCCUCAGCCCCACCACUACGCAUCUGCCUCCUGGACGGCUUCCUCCUGUACUCCCCGCAGAAACUCCAGCCCGUCAUGGACCUCCUCGACCUCAAGCUCUUCCUGCGCGUGCGCCAGGCCAAGGCCUUGCAGCGCCGCCAAGCGCGCGACGGCUACGUCACGCUCGAGGGCUUUUGGAAGGACCCUCCCGGGUACGUCGACAAGGUCGUAUGGCCCAACUACGCCGAGGCGCACGCGUGGCUGUUUGCGGACGGCGAUGUGGAGGGUGGCAGGCUGGACGAGAGCGUGUUGAGGGGGACGGGGGUGCUGGUGCAGGAUGCCGGGACUGAGGGCGUGGAUGUCGAUAUGGAGACUAUGCUUGAGUGGGCGGUUGAUACGCUGAUGAAGGGUCUCGAGGAGGUGGGUGGGAGGGGGCGGUAG